UAGCACUAAGAGCUAAAUGCUGCAGUGUUAUUCAUGCUUUCAUUAAACACAUACUUCAUUUUUUAUUACAUGCACAUUGGCGACGCUGAGACUCGGCUUUCUGUGUUAAAGUUGACGUGGUGUUGUUUUUAAUCUGCCAUGAAUGAGGAACCCUCUUGUAAAUGCCCUCACCGUCUAAUCAUUUACCUAAAGUCAACCAUGGACGACAACAUGGGAACCAACCCAGUGUAAAUGAUGAAUGCCUUCACAGGGAUGGAAGUCACUGUGGAAAUAAUCCUUUUCUUGGAGAUGAGUAGUUUCACUGCAGAUAAAAACUGAGAAUGAGGAGUGUUGAUUCUUAGGUUGUAGCUGAAGCUGCAUGGAUUCCCGUACAGCCAAAAAAAGUUAAAUUGUGCUGUGGUGACAAGACUCUCAGACUGCAGCAGACAAACCUCAAAGACACCAGACACACACACAACAAAGACAGGAAACAUUUCUGCCAACUUUGUAAGAAAGAAGUCAGCUAAAGUCACCUGCACCUACGCACUAAGAAACAUCACAGAGGAAUCAAACUGCUUGAAUGUAUCUAUUACCCUUUCUAAACUCUUUGAUUGUCCGCCUACGAAGCCUCACUAGCGUGUGAAGUCUGUUAUGAAAUCACAUGCUACAGAGAGACAACUGUCAUGACCAACGUACAAGUAGAAGAGGAGGCAGUGGGUGGUUUGAUCAACUCAGAGGGAGAAGAGGUAGAAUGGGAUCCUGCCAGCUCUGGAGACAUUCAUGAUGUGCAUCAGACUGAUGAUCAGCAGCUGGACAGAUGCAUGGAUCGGUCUUGCUGUCGGGUGUGUGGGAAGAAGUUCUCGAACAGCGGAGCUCUGCAACGACACCAGAGGUUGCACGCAGGAUCCAAACGUCACAAAUGUUCCCAAUGUGGGAAAGGGUUCAGUUUACUCAACAGACUGAGGAGACACCUUUUAAUCCACACCAAAGACAAACCUCUUACGUGUCCACUGUGUAACGAGAGAUUCUCCCACGAGGACAGACUGAAGGAACACCUCGGCACACACAGGUGGUCCGCUGAAACCGAGGAUGCAGCUGAGGCUUUGGAUGGAAGAGGAAAACCUGCUGGAAACCUGAUUAACUCAGAUGUUAAUGUGGAUAAGAAUCCUGAUGGAAAGGCUCCUGCUGCGAUGACAUUACCUGGUGACACACACACAGCUACAUCAACCAAACCUGAACCCAGCUAUUCUCUGAAAACAGCAACACACAGGAAACGUCAGAAGAAAACUGAGGCUGAGAAACUCUUCAGCUGCACAGACUGCAGCAAGGACUUCCAGAGCGUGUACGCCAGAGACCGCCAUCUGAGAGAGAAACACGGCAAACACCAGCGUCACACGUGCAGCGACUGCGGACGGACUUUUAGAGGGAAUCGAAUUUUGAUAGUUCAUCAGCGGAUCUACCAUCCAGCACCAGCAGCAGAUGUGGAGCAGCAAGAAGGGCGCAGGGCUCCGAAGACCUACAUGUGUUCAACGUGUGGGAAGCAGUUCCCUACCAGUGCUUCUCUGAGCAGGCAUCUCAUUAUUCACUCAGGGAAGAAACCGUACAAGUGCACUUUGUGUGGAACAGGUUUCACACAGAUCGGAAACCUCAAAACACACCAGAAGAUUCAUAAAGAGAAAUUAACCAACCCAGCAGCUUUAGAAGAAAGUUCCACUCAACCCGAAGAAGCACCAUCAUCAGUGGAUAUCUACUUUUGUCACCUGUGUUGGACGCAAUUUUCUGAAAAACAACAGCUGGAGGAACAUUUGAAGCAAGUCCAUGAAUCAGAGAAACAGUUCCCCUGCACACAUUGUGGCAGGAGAUUCUCAUGUGUUCAGAAACAGAAAGAACAUGAGGUGGGGCACGAGGGUCUGAAGCCCUACCAGUGCUCACAGUGCGAUAAAGGUUUCCAGACUUUAAAGGGGCUAGAAAACCACAAGCGAGAUCACACAGGAGAGAAACCUUUCCAGUGCGUUGUAUGCAGUAAAAGAUUUAAGCAGGAGUCCACUCUGAGAGCCCACUACACGACGCACUCUGGAGAGCGGCCCCACCUCUGCUCCAUCUGUGGGAAAUGUUACACGAGACCCGAAGAGCUCAAAGUUCACCUCAGAGUUCAUACGGGAGAAAAACCGUACCAGUGUGACCAGUGUGGGAAAAGUUUUUACUACAGGCAAGGCUUCAAUAACCACAAGAAGACUCACAACACCAAACCAAUAGGCCCCACCCGGCGGCUCGGCAGACCCAGACAUCAGGGGAGUCCCAGGAAGAAGAGCAGGACCAAGAAGGUCUCACAGGGAGCUCAGUCUGACUCAGAUGGAGAGGACCCAACAUGGGAGCCUCCAGAUGUUGGAAACAGGCCUCGUCAUCACCAUGGCAACCGAGAAAAUCCCGCUGCAGAGAGCCACGUCCAGGAUAAGGAUCACUUAACGGAGAGCUGUCCAACAGAGCAGCCCUCCUGGCCCUGUGGGACUUCCUCUGUGCCUCCAUCCUCACAGGUGGGGCUCAGUCCAUCUCGAAUGCGUAACACCGCAUCAAAGAAGAUGCACCUGAGCAAGAGUGCAGCAGAGAUAAAUCACCAUAAAGAACAGAGACCGGCAGCACAGGACCAGGAUCACAGCAAUGAAUCUACAGAACCUGUUGAUGAACUCAGAAGCUCCAAUGAACAGCUUCAGGAGAAGUCGUCUGAGGAGCCAAAACGGCACCAGGCGCCACGCAGAUCCAAGAAGAACUACGACUGUCCGACCUGUGGAAGAGCGUUCUCUCACAACACCGCUCUGCAACGACACCUUGUGAUCCACUCAGGGAAAAGACCUUUCAAAUGCUUCAUAUGCGGAAGAGGAUUCACCCAGAGUGGAAACCUCAAAACACACAUGAAAGUUCAUAAAGGAGAGUUACCAAAUUGGACAUUAGUCAAAGAGAAGAGUCCCCCUAAAGAGUCUGCUGUCACAGUUCAUAUGUGUGGAGAGUGUGGGAUGGACUUCCCUCAGAAACAGCAGCUGGAGGAACACCGCGAUAGUCACAAGAAGCCUUUCGCUUGUUCCGACUGCGGCAAGACAUUCAAAAACGAGUAUUAUUUCAAACUCCAUCAACGCAGACACUCAGGAGAUUAUCUGUUUUUCUGCUCGGAGUGCGGGAAGAGUUUCCUCACGACAAACUCACUCAAAAAACACAAGUUGACUCACACUGGAGAGAAGAACUUCCACUGCGAGCAGUGCGGAAGGGCGUUCUCGCAGGCCUCCCACCUCAAAGGACAUUUAAAAACUCACAGCGGAGAGCGGCCUUAUCUGUGUUCGAUCUGUGGUAAAAGUUACUCCAAAGCCUACGUUCUUAAGGUUCACCUGCGCGUUCACACUGGAGAGAAACCGUAUACUUGUGAGAAAUGCGGGAAGUGCUUCUAUUACUAUCAAGGUUAUCAAGCGCAUCUGAAGAUUCACGACAAGAAGCCAAAACCGCCAACGAAGCCGCUGGGUAGACCAAAACAAUAACAAGUUAGCCGAAAGUAAUGAAUGACGUCAUCUGGGAAAAUCUACAGUAAUUUGAGCCGACAUACAAUACAAGGAAAAAGUGAAUAAAUCAUUCUUUAUCCUCCUGUUACAAUGUGAAGUAUAAUAAUAAUAAGUGACUGAAGUGAUAGGCAAACCAAUAUGAUAGUGCUCUUAUAUGUGUUACUGUGUGUUCAGCCAUUGUUACUUACAGUUUAUGGGACGAUGGUAUUUAAGACAAUAAACCAUAAUAUUGUGAAUCUUUAUGA